UUGACAUGCGAACCGCGUUAUGAAGGUCAACAAUUUUCCUAUAGGUGCUUAAGACUGUUCUAAAGACUCCAUACGCUAACAAAAAAUAUUUGUAGGAUAGCCUACUGUAGGUUAUUUGUACAGUGCCACUUUAAAGUGAAAGCAAGUGGAAGGAAGCGCUGUCGCCAAUGUGUAGCCUACUACAGUAUAUUGCGGAAGAGAGGGUGUGAACGAUGGGACACAUUUCAGCGCACUGUAGAUCGCUAGGGACAAGGCGUGUUUAUGGAAUGAUGCGGGUGUGUUUCAGGUUGGCUUUAUAAAAGGGGUUGUCCGACAGAGAGUACUUGUCAGUUGUUGUAUUAUUAUUCUGUGCUUAAUGUAGUGAUUGAACGCUGUGACAGUGACAUUAUUUUCCACGGUUCCACCCGGGACAUCAAUCUAGUGCUCGCGGGCUCUCCAAAACAUUGGUCCAGGCAGACUUCCUAUUCCGUGGGACCACAGUGCAAGUCCCCCCCCCCUGGCUGGCCCAGACCACGUUGAUGCUGUUGUGCCCACGCCGCCUCCCUCCUCCCCUUUUACUCCGGCGUUCCCCCCAUUACUUCUUCCAGUGAUGGCUAUGAGUACCGACCCGGGCUGCAGAAGGGACGACUCUGACCCUGACUCAAUGACCCCUGACCCCGGUAACCUCACCGCCAUGAUGGCCGCAGUCACCAUGAAGACCACCGAGACAGACGUCUCACCGGCCAAUGGAGUGAGGAACGGGGCUCAGCAGGGCGGAGCUAAAAAGGGCCCUCCUUCGCGGGCGCACCUCUCAGGGAGGAAGCUGUCGCUACAGGAACGAGGGACGUACCCAUCAGAGGGGACUCACGUCUCCCCCCGUGUGGCACGCAGACCCACGGUGGAGUCCAAGCAGGUCUCCAUCUCAGAUGCAGAGGACUGUAUCCAGCUGAACCAAUACAAGCUGAAGAGUGAGAUCGGCAAGGGCUCCUUCGGGGUUGUCAAACUGGUCUACAAUAACAAUGAUGACAAUCACUAUGCCAUGAAGGUGGUGUCCAAGAAGAAGCUGAUGAAGCAGUAUGGAUUUCCACGUACGUGUCACACGGUUGGACCUUGACACAUUCAUCAACAUACUGCUUAGGUCACUGCUC